GGAAGUGGAAGGGCCCCGUCCCGGUGUUCAGUGUUGCCGCCACUUGGGGCUCCGGGCUGGAUGCUGUCGCUGCCGUUCGUUUAUUUUAUUUUUAGCCCGAUCAGCAGAUCCGCGGGUUUAACAUAUGAGCGUUUCACUGGUCGCCAUACGUCUGGAGCUAGCGAACCACUCGCUCCAUCCGGAGGGUUUCGAGUAUAGCGCUCUCAAUAUGGCGGAUGAUGAGGGUAAAGAGAAGAAAUCAUUAAGUUCAGCAAAGUUGUUGCUGGAGGGUAAAACAACUGGAGAGAAAUCCACUAUUUUGCAUCAGCAUAUUGGUCGUCGAGAGAUGAGAGACAUGGUAAUUGAAACUAUAACCUCCAGCAAAGACAAAGAUACUGUGGAAUCUGCACUGAAGCCUGAUCAAAAGACAACGAAUAGUACUGACCCCAUGGAGAAAACAAGUACCAUUGAUCCAAAUGACAAGAGUAAAUUGUACAAAGACCAGAGUGGGAAUGCACCAGACUCUCCAUCUAAACAGCUGCCUGAUCAAAUCUCAUUCUUCAGUGGAAAUUCAUCGGUUGAAGUAGUACAUGGAAUCAUGCACCUCUACAAAACUGACAAGAUGACUUCCUUAAAAGAAGAUGUGAGGCGCAGUGCCAUGUUGUGUAUUCUAACUGUUCCAGCCACCAUGACCAGUCAUGACCUUAUGAGGUUUGUGGCACCAUUUGAUGAUUCGAUUGAGCACAUGAAAGUAAUAAGAGAUUCCACCCCAAACCAGUACAUGGUUCUUGUCAAAUUUUGUUCUCAGGCAGAAGCAGACAGUUUUUAUACCGCCUGUAAUGGUCGGCAGUUUAAUUCCAUUGAGGAGGAUGUAUGUCAGCUGGUGUAUGUGGAAAGGGCCGAAGUCAUCAAAUCUGAAGAUGGAGCGAGUCUUCCAGUAAUGGGGGUAACUGAGCUACCACCCUGCAUUGUGUGCCUGGAAAGAAUGGAUGAAUCAGUAAAUGGCGUUCUAACAAUACUCUGUAAUCACAGCUUUCAUAGUCAUUGCUUGCAACACUGGGAAGAUACAACGUGUCCGGUUUGUAGGUAUUGUCAGACUCCAGAGCCAGUUGAAGAGAAUAAAUGUUUUGAAUGUGGUGUCCAGGAGAACCUGUGGAUUUGUUUGAUAUGUGGACACAUUGGAUGUGGUCGCUAUGUCAGUCGUCAUGCAUAUAAGCAUUUUGAAGAAACACAGCACACGUAUGCCAUGCAGCUCACCAAUCACAGAGUCUGGGACUAUGCUGGUGAUAACUAUGUUCAUCGCUUGGUGGCCAGUAAAACAGACGGAAAGAUUGUGCAGUAUGAAUGUGAGGGUGACACAUGUCAGGACGAAAAAAUUGAUGCUCUUCAGUUAGAGUAUUCAUACCUCCUUACCAGUCAGUUAGAAUCUCAACGCAUCUACUGGGAAAACAAGAUCGUCCAUUUGGAGAAGGAUGCAGCAGAGGAGAUCAACAACAUGAAAACAAAAUUCAAAGAAACCAUUGAAAAAUGUGACAGUUUGGAGCAGAAGCUGAAUGAAAUCAUGAAAGACAAACAAGCUCUUGAAAGAAAGUGUUCACAGCUGAACAACAGAGUUUUGAAACUAGGCACAGAACUGAGAGAGGAGCAAGAAAUGAACAAAUACUUGCGAACUAAUCAGAUCCAGCUGCAAGCCAAACUGAAAGAAGAGGAGAAAAAGCUGAAGGACACUUGCGAGGAGAAAGACAGACAGAUUACUGAAGUUCAGGAGCAACUGCGAGAUGUCAUGUUCUACCUGGAGGCUCAACAGAAAAUCAAUGAAAUGCCAGCAGACACACGUCAGGAGAUUCAAGAAGGACAGAUAAACAUUGCAGUGGCAUCUGCUGCACCUUCAACUGGAGCUAUAACCAAACAGACGCCCAGGAGGGGGAGAGGCAAAAGAAACAAAUAGUUAAGCUUUCUCAAUUUUGAAAGAGAAAGGGGAAAAAAAAAGCUAAAAACAUAAAAAACCUCCUUGGAGGUGUGUGUAUAUUUGCUUAAUUUUAAUGCUGACUAACAAGGUGUUAUUGAUUCAGAAUUUAAGAAUUGCCAGUUUUUAUGGCAGUUGAGCUAUAUUCUGCAGUAGGCAGAAAAGAAUUAUUUAGUACAGCAUUAUUGAUUUGUAUUUGCUGGUAUUAGAGUAUGAAGCUGUCUAAUUUAAAACUUUGCUGUACAUCACCAAUCCACUCAGACCAUUCUCAUAGAACAAAUAAUUCACGUUGAUUUACUGCUCAUUAAAAUUAAAACUAUUGGCUUGCAGAUUUUUCAAUCUGACAUUUAUUCUUUCAGUUUCUGUGAAGCCAUUGUGUAAAAUCUGUAUGUAUGGUUUAAAUAGGAACAACAAUAUAGUUGACACUAGACUCAGAACUGCACACAUUGUGAGACACUGAAAUCUUAUAUUAAAAUAUCAUUUAAUUUUUCAUGUAGUUUUGUUUUUUGAGGACCAGGCACAUCGGGUGAUCUGGAAUUCACCAUGAUUACAUGUCUGCCUAUAAUUUAAAGUAUUUGAUAAAUGCCCAAGUUAAUUUAAAUUUAAGGGCAAGGGAGAAAUGUAAGCAUAAUUUUAAUGUUGUGGAUUUUGUCAAUAAGAUGGAUAAGGAAAUAUUACAACGGUGUAUUGCAUUUAAUGUGCUAUACCUUGUCUAUAAGUGACAAAUGUUGGUUAAGGGAAAAGUGAUUCUUCAGGAUCAGAUGCCUAUAAAAGGAACAAACGUACAUUUUCUACAUAAGAAAUCAAGUUUACUAAACUGCUUGAUGCAAUUAGUUACAUGGAUAAAGACACAUCAAGUUAACUAAUAUACCUACUUUACAAUGUUAACAUCUAAAUAAAUAAGGAUAGUUGACCAAGCCAUUUAAAAUGUGCAUUAUUGCAGGGUUUUGUGAUAGUAAAGCCACCUCUGUCCAGGAAUAAAUGAAAUGUUGCAGAAAUAAAGAUACCUGUCAUGAACCAUAAACCACACAUUCAGACAAUAAACUAUCUCAACUAUUUUUACCAGGUAUUGCUUGAUUUCAAGUCUUGCAAUUCAUUUGCAUAUAGCAAUCUGGUAUUUCUAUGCUGAUGCAGAAACCUAAUGGUGAACAGGCUCUUAUUUCUUAGGUACUUUCUACUUCACCUAAUUUUGUACUUGUUGACGUACGCAUGUUGAUACCCUGAGCAGAACCCUAUACAAAAUAUAUUGGCAAGAAUGGAUAGGAGCUUGGCAAAUUAGCAAUCUACCCAAGGUUCUUUCAUUCACUCUGUGGUUGAGUCAGCAAUAAAUAUUUUUAACUUGUAAUAAGAAGCUUAGAACACUUGAAAGGCUAGAGACAGGUGAAUGUGUAGUUGCUGUAAACAAUCAAAUUUAGAAAGAUUGUUAUAUCUAAUAUAUUAUGACAUUUAAAGAACCUUUUGAGUUCAUGUACUUAACGUUUUGAAUGAACCUUCAUUCUCUCAUUAUGAGCACCCUGCUGUUAAUAAAGUACUCUAAAAGAUGUAAGUUUACAUCCAAUGUUUAGUGUGUAAAUAUCAUAGUUAAAUAUUAUGGAUGAUGUGUUAGUUGUAGAUUAAUAGAUGUAGUGUGAAUUGCCAAGGUGUAAAUUGGAGCAACGUUGCCUUUAAGAAAUAUCUUCCACAGGUCUUUGAGAUUGACUAACAUUUACCCAGUUCACAUUAUAUGAUGGCAGUUUACAAAACUAUUUUUGUAGACAUUUAUGGGAAAUCUUUGAAGAAAACACACAAAUGUAAAUUAUGUACAGCCAAACUACAUUACCUCUUAAUUGAGGCAUAAAGAUAACAUUUUGUAAAUAACUUAUUAUGUGCUCAGUUAUUAGUUGAGGGCUGUGGAAACUUGAAAUGUAAAAUGAUAUAUUUGGUGUGAUAUGUUAAACUGGAUCAGUGUAUUUUAAUUUUACUUAAUUUGUUUCAUUCCACCUAAUUUCUGUAAACUCAGCAAACUGCUGUAAAAUAGGCAGAUGGACAUGACUGUUUAUUCAGAAUGAAGCAAACAUGUUCUUUUGUUGCCUAGUUAUGAAUAUUUUGUAGGAUUGUUUAAACAAUAAAAAUUAUUCCACAGAAAAUAUUCAGUUAUUGUCUUUUCUAUUGUCCCUUCCAUAUCAUUUAGUUUAAUUCCCUCAGUCAACUGCAUAAAGUAAAUUAUGGUCUCAUUCAGAAGGAAUAUGUGGAGGUCUAGACUGUGUUAUGAGAGAAAGUAAAUGGGAAGAUGCUGGGAAAAGGAG